AAGCAAUGUAGUUUUUGAAGAUGAUCUUUAAACUGCUUUUCUGCAUUGCGAUUGGGUUACACGGUGGUUUGGGUGAGUUUUUUCUCAGAUGACACUACACAAGAUUUUCAACAGUCAUCAAAUUAUAUUGCUAGCGUUUUCGUUUUUGGACCAGAAUCUGCCUUACACUAUGAUUCUUAAUGAGUUCCUUGAACUAGUUCCAGUCCCAGACGUGUGAUAAUUUUCUUUUACUGUGGUGGAUCAUGUAUCAUGCAGCGGCGCGUAUGUGGACGCUGAAAAAUCCGUCUUAGACAAAGGGACAUCACUUAGUAAAGCAUACCUAAUUGAAAAUCGGAGGAAAACGCUGCGCCCUGCCAAAAGGAGAGCAAGAUGGUUUCUUGCAAAAAUACAUUUACUUAAUAGAAUUUGAAAGGAAGACAUCGUUGACAACAUGUACCAAACUGAUUACCACGAUUUAUUGUCGUUUUUGAAUUGUUGAAUUUAAAGUAUCGAUUUUCACCUAGUCAUCUCGAUUAGUGACCUAACUUGGGGAAUACUGACACAUGUUACCUAAUACACGCUUGAAAUGUGUGCCCAACCGAUCUUAAACCUUUUGAAUAUAUUCUUACAAAUUGUUUUUGCAGCUGGUCCGGUCAAAGGUAAGUUGUCGUAUACACAUUACUGAACACUAACUUAUAAGAUCAGGUGAUCAUUUUUUCUAGAAUCGUUAGCGUAAAUUAAACGAUAGCUUUCUGAGACUAAAGGUGAAUGUCAUCUAGCCCAACUCAUUGAUAAACUUUUUAGUUAUAUUGAUUACAUCAAACCAGUGGGUAAAUUUGCUUGAUGAACAACUCUCAAAAAGCGUACAAGAUGGAAUUUGCACGAUUCUUCAGAGUAGAAAAAACGGGAGUAACGUUUUUCAAAGUUAUCGAAAAUAUUUUGUUGAUAGACAAUACUAAGACCGCAGGGAUGCCGUAAGAUAUCGCCACACACUAUCUUGCUUCACAGAGGCAAGCAUUGGUUUUAGGCCUGAUGGGCACUACAUCAUUUUUGAGAUGUGAAUGCAGCUUAGAUUUGCCAUUUUGAAAUUUUCGCAACCAGUAACCCUUUGUACAUUUCAGAACCAAAAUGCGGCAGCGAACUGCCUGACAACGAAGGUUCUUUUCAGUCGCCUGGUUAUCCGAUUAUUUAUCCCGAUAACCUCAACUGCACAUGGACAAUAAAAAGACCCCAAAAGGCCAGCGUACUGAAAUUUCGCGACUUCGAAGGCGGACCAUGUACAUUUGAUUACGUCCUUGUAAUCGUUGGGUCCGGGGAUUCGGCAGUGACUCAUGAUCCUCUGUGCGGUUACAUACCACCCGCAGAUAUUACAUUCGAUGACGAGGUCACGAUAAAGUUUAUAUCUGACAGGAUUCGCGCUUACAAGGGAUUUGUGGCAAGUUAUUUCCCUGACCCAUGCGUCCAUGACCUACAAGUGGAAAGUGGAGAAAUAAAAUCACCUGAAUACCCCCAUGAUUAUCCCAACGACCUUGGCUGCUCAUGGACCAUCAAAAGGCCCUCAAAGCCUGGUGUCUUGACGUUUGAAGAUUUUGAUGUGGAAAGUGCAAACUGGGGAGAACGCUGUCAAUUUGAUUACCUAUACGUUUUUGUCGGAACCGGCAGGAGCGUGACGUCCUAUGGUCCUUACUGCGGUACAGAAAAACCUGAAAAUAUUGUAUACAACGACACCGUUCAGGUUACCUCCACGACUGACGGCGAUGGGACGCACAGAGGAUUUAAACUAACCUUCGGCCCAAGUGAGUUGCACAUAAUAAACCGC